ACACUCACUGUAGAUGGAUGUAGCAGAGUUUAGGUUCAGUGUGUCUCUCUCAGCUUUAAAGCUCAUCUUUAUGCUGCUUUUCGGUCUCACACCCGUUGAAGGUCAGUUUCAUGUGGUCGGAUCACUUCAGGCUAUCGUGGCCGCUCCAGGUGAUGAUGUCAUCCUGCCGUGUCACGUGGAGCCAAAGUUUAAUGUGGCGAGGUUGACGUUGGAGUGGUCGAGGCCCGAUCGUCGUCCUGACCCCAACGACCGUCUGAGUCGAGUGGAAUAUGUUCAUCUUUACAGAGACGCCCGAGAGGUCCCCGACAUGAAAAUCCCAUCGUACAUCGGGAGGACGGCGUUGUUCACAGACGGCCUGAGAGAAGGAAACAUCUCACUAAGAAUCACUAAUGUGACACAAGAAGAUGAAGGAAGAUACAGAUGUUUCAUCCCAAAGUUAAAGAGUCAAACAAAGUCUUCAAUUGUUCAUCUGAUUGUUGCUGAAACUAUGACAACAGAGACACCACUGCAUCCUGAAACUCUCCAAACUCCUGAGCCGAUGGACGAGUUUCACAGUAAAGGUGCUUUGUCCCAUCGGAGCCGACUGAUCCCACUUGUGGUUUUCUGUGUUUUUAUUCUGCUCUGUGUCGCAGUCGCAGGACGCUGGUUCACUGAGUCAAAGCAUCGAAAAACAGAACUCGAGAAAGGACCUCCUAUCUAGGUGCCUUGCUCAUGGAACCACCUCUCUACUUUUAAGAUUAGGCGUAACACGUUCCCUUUUAAUAGCUAGGGCUUGAGACAUAGCUUUAUGACCUAGCUAGGGCUUGACAGCAAAGCUCUGCUGAGGGUGGUGAGAUCAGCACAGCGCAUCACCAGGACUGAACUGCCAGCCGUUGCAUGAGGAAGACGCAGCGGAUCCUCUCUGAUCCCAGCCACCCCAGCCACAGACUUUUCAAACUCCUGCCAUCCAGCAGGUGAUUCAGGGCCAUCCAGACCCGCACUACCAGAUACAGAGACAGUUUUUACACUCAAGCCAUCAGGCUUUUGAACUGCUGGCAUUCUAUACACAUCAUUACACACUCACUACAAUUACAGGACUUUACACACUGUCACUUCAACUAAUGCCACUUAAA